GAUUUAAUAUCUGACCUUCAAGAUGCACAUAGAUCAGGACAGGUUCAUCAAAAUUUUCAUAGUGGAAAUAUCUUACGAAAUAAUUAUUUAUAUCACAUUUCAGAUUUUGGAUUAUUCGGAUCAGCAAAUGAAUCAGAUAAUAAAAUAUGUGGAGUAUUACCAUAUAUUGCUCCAGAAGUUUUAAUUGGGAAACCAUACACAUCAUCUUCUGAUAUAUAUAGUUUUGGCGUUAUUAUGGUCGAGUUAUCAUCUGGUUAUCCACCUUUUCAUAAC